GUGUUUCCGGAAGACGUGGCGGCUGAUGUGGAGGCGGUGGGCGGGAGCUGCUGCUGCUGCUGCGCUGCGGGGCCGCCAACAUGAUCUCCUUAACGGAUUCGCAAAAAAUUGGAAUGGGACUAACAGGCUUUGGCGUGUUUUUCCUGUUCUUUGGCAUGGUCCUGUUUUUUGACAAAGCACUCCUUGCAAUAGGAAAUAUUUUAUUUGUGACAGGCUUGUCCUUUGUCAUUGGAUUAGAAAGGACGAUCAGAUUCUUCUUCCAGAAGCACAAAAUGAAAGCCACAGGAUUCUUUUUGGGUGGUAUAUUUGUGGUGCUGCUUGGUUGGCCUGUGGUGGGGAUGGUUCUUGAAAUCUAUGGAUUCUUCCUUUUAUUCAGGGGGUUCUUCCCAGUUGUUAUUGGCUUUAUUAGACGAGUGCCUAUAUUAGGCUCCAUUCUGAAUUUACCUGGAUUAAGCUCAAAACUUGACAGAAAGCAGAAGAUGGAAAGAGAUGGACAUAAGCUGACGAUAUCAUAAAGGAGGCUGAGCAUGAACUUGCAGAUAAAGUGGGAGAAAGCAACAGCAUGGUAUAACACAGACAAAUGGUGGACAACAGCUGCAGGAAUACUGUAUCAUAUUUAUAAGGUUCAUUUCAGGCAAACCUUUCAAAAAAUUCUAUUUUACCAAGUUAUCUAUGUAGGAACAAAUGAAACUGGGUGGCAUUCUUUAUAUUAAAAUAUUUUUGUUGUAAGGCUACUGUUAGUGAUACGUGUUUUGCCUGUAACAGAAAAGAGACAGUCAUGUAUAAUUCCAUGUUUUUUGACUCUGACCCUUUUUCAAAAAUAAACUUCCCUAUAUAGGAUGCUCGCUACUACAGUUCCUCCCAACAGGGAGGGCAGGAUGAUAUGUCUAUGGACCUCUCUUUAACCACCAUUACUCCUAAUCCAUGAACAGCAGGAAUGGGGUAGAACUCCAAUUGGAUAAGAUGGACCAUGUAAGUUCUACUACCCUUGCAGUGGAGCAUCUUGUUAACAAGUGACCCAGUUGAAAAGUCACAAAACUCACUUAGCAAAAUGUGAAUUUCAAGCUGGUUGAGUUUUAAGACCAAUUUUCUUCUGAGACGGAGCACAUUGUAAUAUGUUUUGCUCCGUACGCUGGACAGCCACUCCAAAUCGUUCAAUAAAUCGUAGUGAGUUUGUAACCUUCAACCUUGGGACUGCAUUGCCAUUUUCUGUCGGAAGUCAAGUCAUCAGCAGCUUGAGCAAUCCGACCAUUAUUGAGUUAACAAAUGUGGAUUUGGCUCAUUUUUUCUUAAGUUUCAUACUUUUUUUUAAAACAAAACUAGUUUUAUCUAGUUUAUAGGCGUGAUCACCUUAGCCCAACCUUGCAGAAGUUUUUGAGCAUAGUAAAUGCCUGUUGUGUUAUUGUGCCUGAACUUUACUUUCCUAUGUGGAAGGCCAAGGUAAUGAGAUUUUAUCUUUGUGAACUGCCUUAUUGGGCACACAAUUCCUACAGACACCUCUGACAUUAUGUACCUUUAACAGACGUUGAUCGGACAUUAAGAUUUUUUUUAAAAAAAGAAAAUAAUUAGUUUCUCAAACACGUGAAAUCUCUUUUUUGGUGUUUACAGUGCUUUUGUAAAUGUACAUUUCAAAACAAAAUGGUUUGCACUGAAUUUUUUGAAUUAAAUAUUCCCUCAAUGCGGUGAGAAUUGUUACUAUAGUUUGAUGAAACUGGUUGUCAGUAUGACUUCUCUUCAAGCGCAGUGUGGGUAAAGCAUCACAUUAGUCUGUCACUGAGAACAAAUCAACUAUUGCAGCCAAAACCCAAAUAACAGUAGCUAUUGACUUCCAGCGGCAUUGGUGCUCUAUUUAAAAAAAAUAAGCAUAAUUAGUUUCUAUUAUAGCAGUUGACCUUUCAUGAUCUUUUACGAGCUCGAAGAAUGAUGUGAUAACGCUUAAAAAGGUUCUGUUACAUUAUGCUGAAUUCAUUGUCAAUACACAGUAGGUUCAGAAAGCAGAUGACUUCUACUUAAACCCUGUUGUUGAAAAGCACUUAGCUGCUUGUUUAAUCUUUAUGGUCUAAAAUACUAUUUCAUUGAAGUGCAUGGUUUCGUCACAAAGUUGCUGUGUACAAGGCGGUGGUUCAGUUGAUGUCGGACACCAUUGAAGACAGGAGGUAAUUGAGCCAUGAAUAUAUUCAGAGAGAGGGUGUACUCUGAAAAAUGAUUCAGAACUUUUUAAAUCUUUGUAACAAUUAGCAGCAGUCAAUGUCAUAAGGCUGUUUUUUUGCACCCAAACAAUACUGUACGUGUCAGUAUUUAUUUCUGUGACACCGUAGAGGGAUAUUUACAGUGUAUCAGGCACAUCUCCUAAGAUUUCAAAUUUUUGUAUUCUGCCUCCCAACAGCAAACGGAGGAGUCAAUGCAUUGUGCAUCAUUUUGUGAAUAUAUAUAUAUAUAUUAUAUAUAUGUAUAUCCAGAACAUGGGCAUCUGUCACAUUUGUAGACUAAAGAAAGCAAAUAAAAAUUGAUAAGAUAAAAA